UGGCCAGCAGCAUAUUUGCGAGAGCAUACCGUCAACAACGCCCUCUCCGUCUCCUUGCGUGCCCUAGCUCCUGCCCGCACCACCCGUCACCCCGUUCUGGCCAUGCAGUGAAGGAGGGAGUGCACGCAAUCUCAAGAGCCAGCCUUGCUCAUGCCUGCCGCCGCCACCUGUUGAAGAGCAGCCUUCCUUCCCCUCCCCUCACCGUCACCGGAUCCACCUUCCCAACCACGCCGCCCACAUGCUCGAGCUACAGCUUCCGCACCCAAUGCCUCACGCCGUCCCGCGGGACCGCUCUCUCGACUUCUACUCCUCCUCCCGCCCUGCCUCCAAGCUGGACUCCUCCUUCCAGAUGCAGCUCCCGGUGCCUAGGAUCGCCAACCGCCAUGGCCUCGAUAUGCUGCGGACGGCGCCCAGGCCGCCGCUCACACCUCCUUCCGAUCACCCAGGCUCAGCGGUGAGGGUCGUGUCGCUGCCGCCUACCGAAGGCGCCGGCCACGAGUAUGGAUAUCAAUUGCCGGCAAUUGGCAACUCCAGAACAGUCACAGCUCGGUCCAGCCCCUCAAGACAGCCCCAGCAGCAGCCCCAAGACAUGAACCAGCAGCGGAAGAAGUGGUCCAUCUCCCCCAAUCUCAGGAUACCGCCGUCAAUCAGGACUCCCCAGGAGGGACUGCCCCAGCUGGCAGCAGAGGUGACAUGCCUCUUCUGGUUCGAAAGCUCCACCACCCUCAAGCAGGUCGUGGACACGAAUUCACCGAAAAUACCGAUCCAACCGCUCGUACCCGACGCCAUUCCCACAACAGGUUUCAGGAAGUGGGUGGCGACAAUAUUGACGACCACGCAGGUGGCCCAAAAUGUGAUCCUACUCGCCCUACUCUUCAUCUACAAGCUAAAGCUCACCAAUCCGACGGUGAAGGGCAAGCCAGGCAGCGAGUACCGUCUCCUGACUGUGGCGCUCAUGCUGGGCAACAAGUUCCUGGACGACAACACGUACACGAACAAGACUUGGGCCGAAGUCUCCGGGAUCUCAGUGCAGGAGGUGCAUAUCAUGGAGGUGGAGUUUCUCAGUAACAUGAGGUACAGCCUCUUCACCUCGCAGAAGAAGUGGGAGGAGUGGCACGUCAUUCUGGGCAAGUUCGGCACCUUCUUUGAUCGAGCCUCCAAAACGCCCGCCUCGGGCGCCAUCAGCCCGAUUGGGCCGCCGACGCCUUCACUACAGGUUCCCCAGAACUUUGUACCCUCACCUCCUACGGUCAUGCAGACAUCGCCGCCAACGUCGAUGAUGUACUCGCCGGUCCAUCCAUACUCCAACACCCCUCUCCUGCAGCCUCAGGCUACAUCGACUGCAGUAUCGCCAAUUGGCCCGCUGCCGGAUAUCGGCCCACUUAUCCAACGCAAACGGAGCACUGAUAAUAGCGCCGAACCACCGCCAAAGAGGCAAGCGCACGGAUUCGCUCCAGGACCGUACAGCAAUGCACCGCUCAUUCCAACAUUACAAGCGCCCAUCAACAGGUCGUUCGAGCCGCCGCCAUCCAUGAAUCGCCUUCCGCCGCUGCCCAGUUUGUCGAUCCCCACGCCACAGUCAAACCCGCCUGUGCAGGUGAAGAACUGGUCGGACCUUCCUUUGCCCGCGCCUGGAAGCCGUUCCAUGGCAAUGGUAUACCCUCCGCCUGUCCAAUGGCAGCACCCCGUCAGCACACCGACUUCUACGGCUCCACCCCCCUUCCCACCAACAUACACGCCAACCGCAGACCGGUCCCGCCAAGUCAGCCCUUAUCCGCCGUCCGCCGGUUCGUCCCCCGUGAGCGCCACCUUCCCUUCGUCGGGCCAGAGGCAGUUAUCUCCGUCAUACUUUCUUAAUCAACGGCAGUCGCCAUACCGCCCGGUUCGCGGUGUCCACACCCUUCUCGUGCCGCCACCCUCGACCUCCAUGCACAAUCCUGCCCGUCAUAUUGCAUUCGACCAGAUGCAGUACCAGCCGUUGGGUCGCCCUAUGACCGAACGUAGGGUCGGGCCGCUGCCCUAUAUGGAUGCCUGGUCAGAGGGACACCACUACAAUCAGCUCCCCAUCCCACAACAGCCGGUGUUCCGCUGAAGCCGAGCCGGCAUUCCCUUCUCUGUACAUCUUCACGCAUCGGGCUAGAGCUUUCGAUGAUCAUCUCAACAUUUUUUCGAUUUUGGUUUUCUGCUGCGUUCAG